CUCCUAAAAUUUGUAUGGUUGGUUUACCUUCAACUACCACUUCCCACUUUGCUCUCUCCAAAAUUGUAGCUCUCUCUCUCUGAAAAAUGGCUGUAGCUCAAAUCUCUGCGUCUCUCUCCCUUUCCAUCAGAGAUGCAAGUGGUAUUAGCUCAGCAGCAGCAAGUCCUGCUCGGCUUCCCCUUUUCAAUUCCCCUAGAAUUGGGACUGCCUUUUCUACUGGUUCUCCACUCAUCAUUAGAACUGUAUAUCAUCAAAGGAAGGCAGUAUGCAAAUCAAUGCCACUUUCUGUAAGGUGUGAGCAAAGCACGAAGGAAGGCGGUUUGGAUGUAUGGCUUGGCCGGCUUGCCAUGGUUGGCUUUGCUGUAGCUAUUAGUGUUGAGGUAGCGACGGGAAAGGGACUUCUGGAGGUAUGAACACAUGCUAUAGGUUUUUACAUCCCACCCAAGAUUGCCUAUUUACUUUCAAUUGCAUUCAUAUUUAUGGGAAGUAGUGUUGGUUUCCAUACACUGAACAACCUGCUUAAACCAAAGAUGAUUUACCAAGUGCAUCAAAGAUAUUGAAAAUUUAUCCUUGAUGUUGCUUUAAGUGUCGAUUUAAUUCUGUAGGAAACUUACCAAACCUCAAAUUAGAAUUUAGAAGUAGCAUCUAUAGAUUAUUUGUGAGUUUAUUUCUAAUACUUGAGAGACUUGGAGCCGAACUCAGUUGAAAUCUUGUCACUUUGAGCGGGUUCUUCCUA